ACAGUUGGAACUAAGAGAAAGCCAACAAUUCUCUUCCUUUCAUCUCCUGACUAUGCAAGUCUAGAAAUAAAUGGAACCCUAUCUUUGGGACUGAAGCUGGAAACCGAGGUGGGAAGACAUCGGACUUGCUUGUAAGGGAACAUGGUGAAACUUCCAGGUGGCUCCUGAGCCUACUUUAGAGGCUGAAAUAAUGGAUUCUCUGGGAGACAGUGAUGAAGACGAUGGCCUAGACAAACCACUCCAGUCCCAUGAAGCCCAUUUAUGUCAAGGCUUGAAACAUCUGUACCAGACCCAACAACUCUGUGAUGUCACCUUGUGUGCUGAAGGAAGGCGUUUUCCCUGUCAUAGGAUGCUGUUGGCAUCAGUCAGCCCCUAUUUCAGAGAUGUCUUCAUCAAUUCCAGCAACGAAUCCCAAAGUGGAGAGAUUCAACUCACGGACGUGGCUGCCUCUACAAUCCACAGCCUGCUAGAUUAUCUCUACACGGAGGAGCUGCAAUUCACCCCGGAGACUGCUCAGGAGCUUUUUGCUGCUGCCAGCAAACUCCAGAUCCAUCCCCUAAAAGAAACAGCAGGAAGGUUUCUUGAAAAGAACAUCUCCAUGAGCAAUUGUCUCAGCCUUUAUGGUCUGGCUCAUCAAUACAACUACCAAGUUCUGAUCCGGGCAUCCUCAGAUUACAUCAAGCAACAUUUUGGACCUCUUUCCAAACAGGAUGCUUUCCUUAGUCUGGGAUAUGUGGCUCUAACUGACCUCAUCUCCUCAGAUAGCCUGGAGGUGUCAUCAGAAUUGGACGUAUACCAGGUUGUGCGCAACUGGGUGGAGUCCGCAACCUCUGACCGUCUCCCCCUGCUUAGGGAGCUCCUUGGACAUGUCCGCUUUCCACUCCUUACUCACGAGGAACUCCUUGAUGUCCAGGCAGACAUUGCAGACUAUUACAAGCAUGUGCGCCUCAGGUGGAAAUUGCUGGAUGGGACAGGCAGGUUGCAGGAGAGUGGGGGGCUCAGAAAGGGCAUGUACGAUGACUACUUUGUGUGCGUGGAAGUCGAUGAAAACGGGAUCCAGUUUGAUGGCAACUCAGAUUUCAGCUUGCACUGUUUUGACCCUCAGGCAGAGAAGUGGGAAAAAUUGCCACCUCUGAAGUACCUGAGCUAUUCUGGAUGUACAGCUGUUCACUGCAGACUUUACCUGUCCGGAGGUCAGAAGGACAACAGCACUUUUGUCGACACUCUGCAUGAGUACAAUUCUUUGACUGGCCAAUGGACGCAGCUCCCUUCCAUGUCCAUAGCUCGGGCAGUGCAUCCGUUCCUAGCCUGCAACCAGAAGCUAUAUGCACUGGGAGGCUGCAAUCACACAGGUCCUCUCUCUUCUGCUGAAGCCUUCAGUGUGGUGGAGAAUGCGUGGGUCCCUAUUUCAAACCUUCCCCUUGCCCUGAUGUACCCUGCUUCAACUGUGCUCAGAAAUAAGCUUUACCUCAUUGGGGGGAAAUCCUCCAGGACCUAUCGGGGCCUCCUGAUCUAUGACACAAGUACCGACUGGUGGACUGAGAUACCUAUGGAGUUUUCCUGCUACGGAGCAGCUGCUGUCUCUUUUGGUACUGGGAUAUAUGUUUUUGGUGGAUACACAGAGGGUCGUGGCAAUUUUCUAUCCCGUGACACAUUGCCUACAGAGGAGGCUCCUUACUGCACCAAAGGGAGCUUUUAUCUCUGUGAAAAUGGCAGAGUGAGCUGGGAAGUCAUGAUACCGGAGUUGCCUGUAGCUUUAGCUUUUGCUUGUACCGUGGAAUGGCAAGGCAAGAUUUAUCUGAUAGCAGGCAAAGAGGAGGAGCAUUUACACACCACAAACUACAGCUGGGUACCGGAGGACACGAGCUGGACCCAGUGCCUUGAGGAAAUCCCUGUCAGCUGUGAAACAAAAAUAUUCAGCUGUGCAAUCCUUAAGAUGCCCAAAACCCCAAUCCGAUCCCUUCUGUUGGACAUGACGACAACUUCAGCUGUGGUUGGGGUGGACGAUGCCAAGAAAAAAGGACAGCAGCGUUCUUCCAUUAGAGAGAGCUGCGGCCUUAACUGCUGUUGGGGUGGAAAGUAAUAAGAAAGUACUUCCAAGUCAUUAUAUUUCUGCUUCUGCUUCCAGGAAUGGACUUCCAAUGAAAGAAGUCUAUGACUUUGCCUAAACUAGGACUUCCAUCUGCUUCCAACUCCCAUUCCUUUGAUGGGUGCUAUCCUUGAAAUCGGUGGGUUUCAUGGGAUAGAGAAGGUGCAUGAAUAAGCAUCAUCCUCUGUUAAUCCUCUCCACUGAUUAGAAAGUAGCUGCAUCUCUCUCUUAUUAAACAGCCGAGGCUUUGCUUGAAUUUUGGACUCGUUAUCUCCAUCUCCUUAACUCAGCUGGAAAUUAUUGCUUUAGUGCAUUUAUUCAUUACACUUAUGUCCUGACCAUCCACUAAACAAGUCAAAGCAGUUCAACAUCUGCCUCCCAAAGAGGCACUACAGGGCUCUUGGCCCACUGAAUGUCAGCAAGGGAAACUUUGUGAUGUCUUCGGAUCAUUUAAAACAAGAGCGGAGAAUGUGAGUCCAGGAUAGAUGUACAGUAUUCCGUCUCUCCAAAUCUGGGUAUCCUUAGUAUGUAAAAUGCAUAUGAUACAAAUUAAUUCCAUCAAUUGUUGCACUGUUUUUCUACCACUAUUUUUGCAGUCUUGCCAUCAUUCAUAGAGUAAUCAGUAACCACUCACCUGGUGUAGGAAAGGCAGGUUGAACUCACCAAGCAGUCACAAAGCUUACUUUGUGUUCUUGGGCCACUCCAUAUGUCUUGCCUAACCCCCUUUUUUUUACAUGAGAGUUUUCAAGUUAAAAUGGAGAAAAGGGAACCAUGGAAUAGCUGGUCUACACAAAUAUAGAAAUAAUGACAUUUUGCCAGUCAGAGGUACUCCUGCUAAUAUUCUCAUGGGAUGGCUGUUGUCUUUGGUUAUCAGCUUUUACUGAUGGGGGGACCUCUACAGACCUAUGGGAAUACCAUAAGAAUGCCCC